UAAGCGCGAGGAAGCACAGGAAGCCAUCAAGGCGCUCAACAACACCGUGCCGGAGGGCGGCUCACAGCCGAUUUGGGUGCGCCUGGCUGAGGAGCAUGGCAAGGCAAAGGCUGCACAGUUUAUGUCGCAAAUUGGCGGUGGUCCGCAUAUGGGACAGCAGCCACCGCUGCCGCAUCACAUGGGCGGUCAUAUGCAGCAGCAGCAGGUGCCGCAUCAUCCACAGCAGAUGCACCACCAACAGCAGCAGCAGCACCAUCAGCAGCACCAUCCACAACACCAUCAUCAUCAGCAGCAACAGCAUCAUCAUCAUCAGCAACAUCACAGUUUGCCACCACCGCCACACCAUCACAUGCAACAGUUGCAUCAUCAUCCGCACGGAGGUGGCGGCGGAAUGGGUGUCGGUGUCGGCGUUGGCGUUGGUGUCGGUGUCGGUGUCGGUCUCCCACAGCCGAUGCAUGGCGUUGGCGGGGUUGUCGGCGGCGGCGUCGGCGGCUAUCACCACAAUAUGGCACACAGAGCUGCAUCACACAGGUGAAGUGUUCAUGCUGCCAUUGCCAAUCACUAUAAUGCCAAUGCCCCGACCACAAGCAGAGCGGCUGCAGCAGCAGCAGCAGCAGCAGCAGCGUCGUUGCCUGCCGUUGCUCCGCCACCAGCAACAUCAGCAGCAGCAACGCUAGCUGUGCGUCGGCAGAAGCGUUGCAGUUGUAACUGCACCGGCUCCCACGUCGUCGGCAGCAGCAGCAGCAGCAACAGCA